UCUCGUCUUCUUCAAGCAAGAGAAUUAACACAACUCACUUCCCCUGACAACAUUAUGGAUGAGAGAGCUAUUAUGCGGGAAGUAUUUGGUACUCGGCGAGGUCAUGAAUGCGGUUUUGGACGGAUCCUUAAGGGGUCCAAGUCCACCGCCAUUCAUGAUAUCCCAGAAUCAUCUAUUAAUUCAAAUUCUACUAGAAAAGAUACUCAAGGUGCUACCCCGAAUGCUGAAAGUUAUUUUGAGAAAAUGUCAAAGGCGCUUGCACGACUAAAGGCUAAGGUUGGGAUUGACGUUGAUGAAGAGAAGGAGACGGUUGCUCAAUUCACUCAUCAAGAGCAUGAGAAUGGGCAA